GACCAACAGGCUAAACCGAGUUGACAACCUUGAUAAUCAUAAGUAAUGAAUACAUGAUCUUCCAUCAUUAAAAUCUAGCAUAUUUUUAUAAAAAAAUGUAUAUUCUCAAAUUUCCUUAAAAAUAUAUCGAUAUCAAAUAUUAUUAUGUAGAUCACCCUUUCUUCUGUUCAAAAUUUGUCAAAGUCUAAGUUAAAAUGAAGGAGGUCAAGGGUGAUAGGGGUUUUGACAUUUUUUUCUAGAAUAUAUAAAAAAACUAAUAUCAUUUUGUAGAAAUCUGCAUAGAUAUAUUUUAAAUCAAGUAUAAAAAAGUCGAACAAUAAAAAGUAUGAGAUAAAGAGCUAUUUAAUCUCACACAUGAUCCACUAAAAAUUAAAACACGAUAUCUAUCAUGCUUAAAUGCUUAACAAAUGAUAAUCUGUUCUACCCAAAUCAAUCCAACACACAAUCUUUAAAGAAAACCAAAAGUUAGGAGUUAAUACAUGUAACAUUUCGAAUUUUUUCUAAAGAUAUUUUUCGUUUUGGGAUCCAAACUCACAUGGUUUUUCUUCUUGGGUGCAAAUUAAGGUGACUUUCCAGGAGAUCACCCAUCUUUACAUUACUCCACAAUGAGUAUGUUUAACUUCAUAAUUUUUAAAAUAACUCUUCCAUUUCAGCCCAAAACGCGUCUUGUCAAUUAAGGUCUUUUUUUACUUAUGAAUCAUGAAUCUCUCUCUUCCUUUGUCAAUGUGAGAUUCGCCUAAUGUGUUACAUACACGGUAGACCCCAUUAGGCAUCAACGUCCUAGUUGAGAUUUGCCCCACCAUCGUUCAAGACGAACGCGAAGAGGCUCUUAUACUACUUGUAAUAUCUUGAACCUUUUUCCGAUAAGAUAUUGUUCGAUUUGGGCCCUAAAUCUGCAUGAUUUUCCCCCUUGGAGUGCAAAUCAAGGUGACUUCUCGGUAGAUCACCCAUUCUUUCAUUGCUUUACAGUGAGCACAUUUAACUUCAAAGUACCAUUUCAACUAACAACACAUCUAGUCCGUCAAAAUCGAUUUCUUAUUUUUUUACUUAUAAAUCAUGAUGUUGAAGACUCAAAUGUAUUGUAAACCGACACUUUUAUUAGGAAGAACGAUAUGAACCAUAAACACACAGAUUUAGCUUGCAAUCUUGGCUUCCCACUGACCGUGAUUGACUCCACGAUCCUAAAACUAGCUAACAAACUCUACACAACUCGAUGGACUCCAAUGCAACUCUAAAGACAUAAACAUACUCUAAUUGACACACUUAGAUUUCGAGUGACUAGACUGUAAAAUACCAAAUCACAGAAAUGACACCGCAUUAACUCAAUUUAAACCCCGCUUCCUUUGCGCCACUGCUACUCCUUCUGCUCUGCGGAUUCUUUCAUCAACUCGGAUUCGAGGCUUCUUCCAAUAGACAUAUCCCGUACUUUGUCCAAAUUAAGAUAAAGUGUUAUAAUACAUGCAAAACAAAAAGGGGGAAAAGGGUCCAUCCUCUAUAAACUGCUGAUGCGGGUAGGGAUGACAACAAAACUCGAACCCACGGGGUACCCUAACCGACCCAACCCGGUCAACGCGGGUAAAAUGGUAUUGACCGGUUUUGGACUGGGUUCGGGUUUAAACCCGUUCACUAUUUAUUGGGUUGAGUUUGGGUUUAGGUAUACCCGCCCCCAUGGAUGCCUGUUCACACCUAUAUAAUUAAUUUUUACCAUAUAUUUAAUAUUCUAACUAACUAAUCUUCUUUAUGUUUGUGGAGACAUGUUUGAUUUUUCUUCUUCUAAUUGUGUAGAAUGAAGUUGAUAUUAUGGAGUAGAGAGUGAAGAUACUUAAUUGAUAAGGAGGAAGAAGUUUUCAAUUAAUCAUGUUGUUUAUGGAUAAUUUGUUAUUUGCUUCAAUUUGCUUGAAUUUUUUGGAAUGGUGUUUUAUAUAUGGAUAAUUUGUAUUGAGAGAUCGAAAUUUGACCAUCAUUUUGAUAGAAAUUUGUUAUUGUAAAUUUUUCACGACAAAAACUCAUGUGCACCCAUGAACCCGCGAAUACCAAGCGGGUUGGAUUGGGUUUGAGUUUUUCAAACCUAGUGGAUUUUGCCCCGAAUUUUUUUCACAGAUAAAUCCAUAAGUUCGAGUUUGGAUUUGACAAAACCCGACCCAACUCGACCCAAUGCCAUCUCUAGUUGCGGGGCACUCGAUUUCAGAUAUCUUCCUCUCCAAUCCUUUGCCACUCGCCCACUCACACGACAGUAGCAGCAGCAGGCCCUCAACCCAAAAACUGCAAAUGCAAUUUAUUAAUAUAUAAAAAUAGAUUAGAAAUUUCCCCCCAUCCUCUUGUUUUUUGUUCGGAGUCGGAAUGGAACCAUUUACCAAAACUCUCCAACCGUCCAAAUUCACGAUAACGCUAUGAAAUGAAACAACAAAAACUUCACCACCCCCCACCACAACCGUUAGGAAUUCCGUCUCCUUCCUAGCGGGUCCCACUUCCGGAACCAAUCAACCACCGACACGUUACCCGGGAGAAGGCUAGCUGGAAACCACGAGAUCUGCGCUGUCGACGUUGGAGAAGAGAAGAAAGAAUAUACGAGGAAGGAUGCCAAUGAAAGUUGAAACGAGAAACGGAAGGAUCCUUUCCUUUCUUCUCAGCUCUCCCUUCCUUUUCCUCCCAUACCUUAUUAUUCUUUUUUUAAUAGAUAAUAAUAAUUACCUAUUAUUAUUUUCCCAGAGCUGAACUGGCUUUAAAUGGCAAAAGUGGGAAACCGAGCGGGAACGCAUCCAUUUCUGUGUGUCUACUUUGUCUUUCUCCUCCUUCCCCUAAAUCGCAGCGCUCCCAGAGAGAGAGAGAGGGAGAGCAGUAUUUCUCUCUGAUAGCUUUGCUCUUACUCCUCGCAAAUUCUCCUUUUUCUCUCUCGCUUUGCUUCCAUUUGAGAUCUGAGCCGUUUUCUCUUCGCGCUUUGCUUGGCGCUUUGGGUGAACUGCGACCUGCCGCUCUCCUUUCACCGUUUUACAGGUACGCAGAGCUUGCGAAUCGAACUUUCUGCUGCUGCGAUCUAUGUUUUCCGUGGAUUCUCGCUUUGAUUUGACUUGUUUGUUUACGAUUUCGACGAUUUCUGCUCUAUUUACCGUUUCUGUAGUUCUUAUGAUGCGUUUGUCGGGUAUGGAGUUCCAACUCUUCUUGUCUCUUCUUCAUCUUCCCGUUUUCUUGAAUCGCCGGCGGGCUCUAUUUCCGUUUCGCCGUUUUUGGAAGCUCUUCCCGACCUAGAAAAAAAACGUUUCCUACUGUUCAUCGUUUUUACGGCCUUGAUACGUUACUCUCGUCAAUCUAAUUUCGCGUCAUUAGUCAGUCCGUUUUCCCGUUGAAUCCCUUCAUUGUGGCCAAAGGCCAGUAGACAUCUGUUUUACUAGCGGAUGAACGAAAGAUUUGGAGGUGGUGCUAGGUUGAUGAUCCAAGGCGGCGUUAGUGGACGGCGUAGAUCUAUCUGUAUAUGAAAUGUCUGCUAUUAAUCUUUGACUUAGUCAAAUACAAUGAUGAUUCGUGCUAGAAAACUGAAUUUUGACAACCUUGGGGCUAGGUUUUUACCUUAUGGUAAUAGUGAUUUGGCUAAAUUCAUUCAUGGGUUUUUGCAUUUGGUUUUUCCAGCGCUGGCUGAAAUGGCUCCUCCGAUCGAGACUCCAACCAAGGCUCCUGUGGCCGCCGUGCCAUACUCGCACCCUCCUCUCAAUGAGCGGAUACUGACCUCUAUGACUAGGCGGUCUGUCGCUGCUCACCCGUGGCAUGAUCUUGAGAUAGGACCUGGAGCUCCCAAGAUAUUCAACUGUGUGGUUGAGAUUGGAAAAGGCAGCAAGGUGAAAUAUGAGCUUGACAAGAAGAGUGGGCUUAUCAAGGUUGAUCGUGUGCUUUACUCUUCAGUUGUGUAUCCCCACAACUAUGGGUUUGUCCCACGUACUCUGUGUGAAGACAAUGAUCCUCUUGAUGUGCUGGUUAUCAUGCAGGAACCAGUUCUUCCUGGGUGCUUUCUUCGUGCUAAGGCAAUCGGGGUCAUGCCUAUGAUUGAUCAGGGUGAGAAAGAUGACAAGAUCAUAGCUGUUUGUGCUGACGAUCCUGAGUACCGUCACUACAAUGAUAUCAAGGAGCUCCCACCCCAUCGCCUUGCUGAGAUUCGCCGCUUCUUCGAAGACUAUAAGAAGAAUGAAAACAAGGAAGUUGCUGUUAACGACUUCCUCCCAGCUACUGAUGCAUACCAGGCUGUCCAGCAUUCAAUGAAUCUGUAUGCUGACUACAUCGUUGAGAGCUUGAGGAGGUAGUCUGUAUCUCCACACCAUGUCUGGCUGAAGUUCCAUCCUAUAUAGCCUAUGCAAAGAUGCUGCUGCAUAUACAUAUAGAUAAUAUAUAAUCUCCUUCUUCUUGCCAAAAUUCAGACUCUGCCUGUUAUGUGUUCGCUCUGAACCCGACGAUAUACCAUCUGUUCCAAGUUAACUGACUGUUAUAAUUGCUUUUUGAUAUGCAUUUGAACUUCAAGGUGAAACGACGAAGUUUUUUUUUUUCUUUUUAUUUGUUCUGCUUCCUGUAUUGCUGAAUGUUGAUUGUAGCAACGAAAAGUGGGAAAGUUGAAAGAUUUUUGCUGCCUAUUCCCGACUUGUGCUCCUGGACUGGUUUCCUCCAUUAAGCCUUUAGAUUUCUGUGUUGUUUCUCAUUGUGGGAAGGAAUACAUCACUAAGCUCAUAAAUACCUUGAUUUAUAUUUAUGAAAACUAGUCGAUUCAUCGAUGUCCAAUUAGUGUCAUAUAUGAUAUAUUAGUCAAAUACUUACAUUCUUUUGCAUGCAUUGUUAGUGUCAUAUAUUCCUUAUGUCCUCUUCCUUACUAGCCUCCAUUUCAUUGAGUUGACAAUAAAUAUGAUAAAGCCCUCUAAAAAGUAGACGAGAUGUCACAUACUUUAUACUACAAAUAAGCAAGGUAAGUUCAUGAAAAUAACUCAAAUGCUUGCACAAGUUUCUAGCACUCUCUCAAUGUAUUGCAGCUAGAGGAUCAAUGCAAUAACCAUUGUACUUCUUUACCCUAGGGAGAUCAGCCCAAAAUUCUAUAUCCUUUGUCUCAAGAACUUAAACUUUCUUCUCACACACCUCAGUUGCCUCCAAUAUCAAAUAUUUGGAAUUCCACCUAGCGGGAACAACCAAAAACGCAUAUGCUUGCUAUGAAUGUGAUGAAAUUUAACACACUUCUUGAAUUUAUCCAACCUUGAAGAUGAAGCACUUACCCGUUCAUAACCUCCCUAAUUCGUACCACAAUCUCCCAAAUUUCCUCUGAUCCGCAAGUGACAAUGAGAAUAAUGAUAUGAGCCACACAAUGCAUAAGAGCAAAUAAAUCACACCCUUAAUACUCCUACCCCAAGCCAUUAAUUUUUCAUUCAAGUAGCCAAUUGUUAUAUAAUUUGCACUUGCAUUAUCAACUGUGAAUGUAAAGACAUCCUUCAAACCCUAAUCUUCCAAAAUACUUGCAAUUGCCUCAGGAAUAUCAAAACCUUUAUGACUAGUGAUGCGGCAAAACCCAAUGAUCGUCGUAUGUGACUUCCAAUCAUUCUCAACAUAGUGAGCAAUCAAAUACAAAUAAAUAAAGUUUUGAAUAGAAGUGCAACAAUCUGUUGUAAGAUAUACCCUACCAUCACACUUGUCUUUAGAAUAAUCCUUCAGUUGGCUCCUCCCUUCAACAAACAAUCUAAAGCAAUCUUUUCUAAUACUCUUUGUACAUGAACAUAGGACAUGCAACAAGACAUAACUACUUAUACUUUCCCAUUUUCAACAAAUCUAAAGGGCAACUCAUCCAUGAUAAUUGCUUAAAAUUUUCAUCCUCUCAUCAAUCGAUCGUAGGCUUAAUUGCAUUUGACCACCUUAUUCUACACUUUUUCUCCUACAAACUAUAAUUUGUGUACGAAGAGCAGAAAUACAAUUUUGGCGUGAAUCGACAUCAAGAUCAGUUUUGAAAAAUAAACUUCCGACCUUCCUCAAUCCAUUCUUAAUUUUUUUCCAUCCUUCUCCUCUUGGCUAGCUUUGGGAUUGGGUACUGAAAACAAUUUGUACUCCUCAUAUGCAUUCGACCUUGUCUUGCAUUCCCUCUUAUUACUCAUUUUAUUAGGUUUUUGACUCAGUUCUAACUACACUCUCAAUCCAAAGUCAAGUGGAACCUUCAACCGUGGUAGUUUUUGGAUUAUCAAACUUGGGCGGUCUAUAUAUACUUACUUCAACAAACUACAAAUUAUCGAGCAGUAUAAAUGUUGUUUUAAGCU